AACACACACACACAUCACACACUCUCCUCACUCUCCUCAGAGCGUCUGACUGACUGUCUCUCAGCUCCGGCUCGCGGCUCUGGAUUGUACCCGGGUCUCCGGCUCUGCUUCUGGGAAGAUAUUUUGCGCUUGCGAAACCUCGUCUGAAAGCUCUCGCGCGGGAAUGACAGUUUUUCACUCUUUCUUUUCGUAGACGUCGCUAUAGUCCUCUCACACUCCGGAGUGAGAUCAACAGGAGAGUGUCCUGCUCUACUCCUCAACUGCUGUCAUGAUCAGCCUUCCUCAGCAACCUGUAGAUUAACCGCCAGAAGCUCUUCUUCCUCCUUUGAUCUUUCUUGAGGUUCUGAUCUUCUGAGUUUCUUCGAAAUUCUCAGCACAGCCCAUUUUCUCCGCACUGCUCUUUAUGGACACUGAAGCGGAUCUGCGCUCCGUGCAGAGAUACCUUUCCUCAGGUGAUCAGUCGACCUGUCUGAAGAUGUUGGACGGGAUCAAAAUCGAGGAGCAGUUGAGAUCAGGAGCUGUCAGCUUAGGAGUGAUGCUUGCAGGCGCUGAGUGCCAUCCUCAGAAUGUGUGUGCAGGAUGCCAAAGACCCAUCGCUGACCGCUUCCUCCUGCGCGUUAACGAGUCCUCUUGGCACGAGGAGUGUUUGCAGUGCGCCGUGUGUCAACAGCCUCUCACCAUGAGCUGCUAUUGCAGAGACCGGAAAGUUUACUGCAAACACGACUACCAACAGUUGUUCGCCACUAAGUGCAGCGGCUGCCUGGAGAAGAUCGCCCCCACUGAGUUUGUGAUGCGCGCUCUGAAGAGUGUGUAUCACCUGGGCUGCUUCUGCUGCUGUGUGUGUGAGAGGCAGCUGUGUAAAGGGGACGAGUUUGUGCUGAAAGACAGUCAGCUGCUCUGUAAGAAAGACUACGAGAGGGAGAAAGACCUGCUCAACUCCAUCAGUCCAGAAAUGUCAGACUCUGAUAAAAGCGAGGAUGAGGAUGUGGAUGUGAAGCCAGAGAAGGGUUCUGGGGGGCAGAACAAAGGCAGUGAUGAUAGCAAAGAUUCACGCCGGCCCAAAAGACCUCGCACCAUCCUCACCACACAGCAGCGCCGUGCCUUCAAAGCCUCUUUUGAGGUUUCCUCCAAACCCUGCCGGAAGGUAAGAGAGACUCUGGCAGCAGAAACCGGUCUGAGUGUGAGAGUGGUCCAGGUGUGGUUCCAGAACCAGAGAGCCAAGAUGAAGAAGCUGGCUCGCCGACAGCAGCAGCAACAGGAGCAGCAGAACACACAGAGACUCGGACAAGAAGUAAUAUCCAGCAGAAUGGAGAGUCUGAUGAACACCUACACACCACUCGGCCCACCUCAGCAGCAGCAGCUUGUCCCUAUGGACUCGAAUGGUUACAGCACAGAUCCUUUCCAGCAGGGUCUCACCCCUCCACAGAUGCCUGGAGAUCACAUGAACCCAUACGGAAACGACUCAAUUUUCCAUGACAUCGACAGCGACACGUCUUUGACUAGCCUGAGCGACUGCUUCAUGGCCGCCGCAGACACAGGCUCCCUGCAGGCCCGCAUAGGAAACCCUAUUGAUCGCCUCUACUCCAUGCAGAGCUCCUACUUCACCUCCUGAAACCAAACUAAAUCCAGAAGAUGACUGAAAGGACAGUCCACCCAAAAAACAGCCAUGCUUCUUACAGUUUUACGACUGUGAUGGGCUGAAAAUGAUGAAAAUAUAAAUAAAAAUACAUGAAUAGAUGGUUAAAAAAGACUACUCUGACUCAGAUAUUCUCAUGGACGUCCGAUAUGACCUCAAGCAUCAUCUCUCUCUCUCCAGGCUGCAAUGGUAAAGCAAAGGAAGAUGAUGAUAAAAGCUAGGUGUCACCAUGUUUUAACUUGGGAACUUGGGAAAAGGAAAAGGACUUAAUGCCUGGUGAUCUGUUGAUCUCUGGUCUCGAAAUGGAAAGACAAAGUUCUUUUAUAGUAAAUGAAUGAUGAUGCUCAUGAAAUAAAACAACUAAUUGUCCAUGUAGAAACUUCAUCAAGUGUUUUCAUGUAUAUUAGAAUACUGGACAUUUGAGCUAGGUUUAGAUGCUGAUCUGACACUUGAUUUGGACCUGCUUACCUCAGUUUAAGAAGAGGACAACACUGUGCUUCAUAAAAAAAAUGUCUUUCUCAAAUUCACUCGCUGUGAAUCUAAUGCUGUUUCACUGCUCACUCCUGUAUGUCGUCCAUUUCUUUCUCAGAAAGAUGGAAAACCAAACCGGGAAGCCUUUUUUUUUUUU